UUCCUCGGUCCAGGAGCAUAUGGAGUGGUGCUUAAGUGCAGGCAUAAGGAUACUAAUGAGCUGGUGGCCAUUAAGAAGUUCAAAGACAGCGAAGAAAAUGAGGAGGUCAAGGAGACGACACUUCGGGAGCUGAAGAUGCUUCGGACGCUGAAGCAAGACAAUAUCGUCGAGCUGAAGGAGGCUUUUCGCAGGAGGGGGAAACUCUACCUUGUCUUUGAAUAUGUGGAGAGGAACAUGCUGGAGCUCUUAGAGGAACUGCCCAAUGGUGCACCGCCUGACAAAGUCCGCAGCUACAUCUACCAGCUCAUCAAAGCUAUCAACUGGUGUCAUAAGAAUGAAAUAGUACACAGAGAUAUCAAGCCGGAGAACCUCCUCAUCAGCUCGGAGGAUGUUCUCAAACUCUGUGACUUCGGUUUUGCUCGUAACCUGUCUGAAGGAACAGAUGCCAAUUACACUGAGUAUGUGGCUACAAGGUGGUACCGCUCGCCUGAGCUGCUGCUGGGGGCUCCCUACGGAAAGGCAGUGGACAUGUGGUCAGUGGGGUGUAUCCUUGGGGAGCUGAGUGACGGACAGCCCUUGUUUCCAGGGGAAAGUGAAAUAGAUCAGCUCUUUACCAUUCAGAAGGUUUUGGGGCCACUUCCUGCAGAACAGAUGAAACUCUUCUACAACAACCCUCGCUUUCAUGGAAUCAGGUGUAUUGACAACCUUAUUUGUCCGUCCAUCUGCCCCUCCAGGAGUCACACUAAGAGCACGAGCCGUCGCUCCAACAGCAAAGAAUGUUCCAGCCUCCCUCGCCAUGGUGACCUCCAUCACCUCAGCAACAAGAGUUUCUUAAAUGGUAACAAACCACCCCCGUCCAGUUUAAGUCCUACGCUCCACCCCAAGGGCCAGUACAUGUCCCAGACCCUUAAUCGUUCUGCCUCAUCCAACAAAGACCUGGCUAACAACAACCUGCCACACCUCCUUAGUCCCAAAGAAGCCAAAGGCAAGACAGAGUUUGAUUUUAGCUUGGGACCCUCCCCAAAGCUGCCAGACCAGGGACAUGGAGCGAAGUAUGGCCACAGCAAACCAAGCUCCUCUCGCUCUCAGCAGCAGCAGCAGGCCAAUCGCCAUACCUUCCUGGAAAACAAGACCAACACACUGCAGUCUGGAGCAGACAAACAACAUGGCCGACACGUCCAUAGUAUGGCCGACUCUGCCCACGGAUCCAUGUCCUCCUCUUCUAAGAGUUCAGCUUCUUAUCUGAGCCUGUCCAAGAGCCACAGCGCGCUGAGUGAUGCCAAAUCUGUAGGAAACCUCAGCGAUGGUCGACUUCACCCAGAUGACCCAAACUCCAGCUCAACAGCAGGGGUGGGGCCCAGUGCCCGUUUCUUCCCCGCCAGUUGUUUAGACCUCAACACCACUUCAGGUCUUCCGGGGCCACCCGGCAGCCCCUCUGCUCGACACAGCGAUCGAUCCGGGCACAGCCCCGCCUCUCGUAGCAGCGGCAAUGUCCGCAUGGAGAGCAGCACACUCGACUCCUCAUCCAGACACAAAUCUAGACAUAAAACUUUAGCCCCAGAGGAGGCCGGUGCUCCGGAGCUCUUAGACCCAGGAGGAGCAGGGAUGCCCUCCACUCACACUCUGCCUUCUCCACAUGAGUCUUAUCAUUAUGGCCUAGGCUAUACUUCCCCCUUCUCCUCUCAGCAACGUCCUCAACGCCACUCCAUGUACGUGAGGAGGGAGCGCCACCGACCACAUGGGGUCGAGAGUGGGAUGGCGGGCUUGCCUGCGCCGGGGCAGGCGAUACCUACACGUGCCAGUAGCCUGCAGCUCCUCUCCCCUCAAAUGCAGCACCGGACCACCCUCACCGGACAUUCAGUGAGCUCUUCAAGAGAGGACUGCACUGAUGACAUGACGAGGAGUGAGCAGUCCCCUAAAGACAUGAGCCACCCUUGCGCACCCAUCAAAGACUCUACGAGGGACAACACUGCUGCUUUUCAUACACAGCGCACUAAAAACGAGGUUGGUAUGUAUCACGACCCUCAUGGUGACGAUGGAGGUUCCUCCAAGGAGAACCGGAUGAUCUUCACUGAGUCCAUGCCUCGGAGAGUAGGCAGCUUCUACCGAGUCCCGUCCCCAAGACCAGAUAACCCCUCUUCUUUCCAUGAUGGUGUCGGGCAGGGGCGAGGGCCGGUUGUGCCGGUUGUUCCCGUAGAUCCUGUUGCCAUGGCCAACCAUUCCAAACGCCAGACAGCUUUUGACUGGACCACCGCAGAAGCAAUGGUCAUGAAUCCUCCAGAGCCCACCAAAGAGAAGGAGAAACAAGGCUUCUUCAGAGCCAUUAAAAAGAAAAAGAAGAAGACACAAAUAACGGACAUGGAGGACGGGAGGAACCCCAGCAUCAGGAAAAGCCUUUUCCCCCUCUUUAGCUCUAAGAAUAGCUUAAAGAACAACUCAGCUGUCAAAGUCCUACCUGUAGUCGCCUCGCCUAUGGUACAACACCAGCCUCCCGCGCCCUACCCUGCCUCACCAGUUCCUGGUAACGGACAAGAACACCUGUCCCUGCAGAGGAGCUCCAAGUCAUCUUCUCACCACGGCAGCCGGAGGAAAAAUCGCGAGCGAUCCCGAGACAGAGACCGGGAGCGGGAACAGAGCCGAGACCGAGACAGAGAGAGAGAGAGAGAGCGGGAGAGAGAAAGAGAGAGAGAAAGGGAAAGAGAGAGGGAAAGAGGGAGGGAAAGAGAGAGAGUUAAUGAUUGGCCACCAGAAAAACCAGUGGACUCACACUCUCAGAGUCAGCCACUCAAGUCACUCCGCAGGCUCCUUCACCUUUCCCCAUCUUCCUCAAAUCAAGGGCAGCCUCCUCCUCCUCCUCCAGACCUGCGCUUCCAAGCCCCACUUCCCAACCCCCCUCAGCCCUCCUCCAAAGCGGGCUACUCUGAGGGUCGAGGGCACGCCGAGAGCAGGGGGCACUCUGGGGUGAGCAGCUCUGCCCAGGCUAAGAGCCGCAAGGCCAGCUACCCCCUCCCCGGACAGAUCGAGUCCAGCUGGCACGUGUCUGCUUUACAGCGGGCUGAGGGUGCUCAGUUCACCCCAGAACAGCUGGGCAUCAAACCUGGGCAGAACGGACCCACCUUUACCCGAGCCUCCCGCACCAGGAUGCCAAACCUCAACGACCUGAAGGAGACCGCGCUGUAAACCCCUUCCCCCCAAACCACACCACCUCCAAUACGUCUCCAUCCUGGAAGUAUCUGCUAGACGCAGACAUCAUGGUACUGUAGUAAAAGUUUACAUGAAAGCCUAUUUCACUGGAUCAAGUCCUCAUUCAGAAACGUAGUUAUUUGUUGAUGCUCAUGUCUCUGAAAUCUACAAAGACUAGACGUUAACACUAGUAACAGUGUUGUUUAAGGAUUCAAAGACAGGAAAGGGCUCCCUUUUCCUCUCGGGAUGCCAGUACAUCAGUUGUUUGUAAUGCUCUCUCUACUUAACAAGGUUAGAACACCAGAAUGAGCUGAUCUUUCCUGUCAAGAAGACACUGCCCAUGUGGCCUCUUUGCUGCCAUCUUCUGCUCACAGGACACUACAGCAACACAUCAGACAGCCACUGACACACAAGUGGCCAAUAAACUCAAAUGUUUUUCAAGCUCUGAUAUUUGAUAAGAACAAAAA